CACGGGACACCCCAACCGGCGCAGAUAAGGGUCGGGAGCGCGCGAGCAAUCUCCAGCCUCAUCCUAUACCGCCCGGGUCCCAGGUCCGCAGCAGCCACACCCCGGAAGGGUCCCCUAGGCUCACAAACCCGCCCGGCUCCGCUCCCAGCUCCGCCCCGCCUCGCCCCGCCCCGUCCCGGCUCCACCUAGCCCGGACUCCGUACCGCCCUGUCCCAGAGCCCGCCCUUCUCGGUCAACCAAGUGUCACGUGACCGCGGGCGGCUCCCAGACCGCCUGAGACCGACGCUGUCUACGACCAGUUCCUCCUCGGUUCUGAACCGCCCUCGUCCCAUGGCGCCGGAACCUCCCGGGUCAAUGUGAAGUGACGUCUGCACCUGAUCCCAAGCCGGUGCUGGCACCUCUGGGUGAACAGGGUCAGAUCCCCGCCCCGCGUGAAGUUAAAGAAGCCCUCGUCUUUUAGGGGCUCUGUGGAAUUAACACCCCAGGUCACCCCCUUCUGAGUUCUAACAUUUGCUGGAGCUUCAGAGAGUGGACCUACAGACAGAAGUAUUUGGGUCUGGGGGCUCAGGGGAGGAGAAGGGCUCGGGCCUGAGACCUCAGGUGGGGGCUGGCCUGGGAGUUCAAGGAACGAGCCUGCUGGAAUCGCUCUGCCUGCCCUUCCAAGGGAUUGAGGACACAGGCCCAUCUGUAUCCCUGCCAUGGGGGCCCUGGGGACCCUUUUUUUGGCAUUGGCUGCAGGCCUGAGCAUUGCCAACCCACCUAACAUCGUGCUGAUCUUUGCUGAUGACCUGGGCUAUGGGGACCUCGGCUCCUAUGGGCACCCCAGUUCUACCACCCCCAACCUGGAUCAGUUGGCUGAAGGGGGACUACGGUUCACAGAUUUCUAUGUGCCCGUGUCUCUGUGCACGCCAUCUCGGGCUGCCCUCCUGACUGGCCGGCUCCCAGUUCGAUCAGGCAUGUACCCUGGAGUUCUGGGGCCCAGUUCCCAAGGGGGCCUGCCCUUGGAGGAGGUGACUUUAGCCGAAGUCCUGGCUGCUCGAGGUUAUCUUACAGGGAUGGCUGGCAAGUGGCAUCUUGGAGUGGGGCCAGAGGGAACCUUCCUGCCCCCACAUCAGGGCUUCCAUCGAUUCCUGGGCAUCCCAUAUUCCCAUGACCAGGGCCCCUGUCAGAACCUAACCUGCUUCCCACCAGACAUCCCCUGCAGUGGUGGCUGUGAUCAAGGCCUAGUUCCCAUCCCACUACUAGCCAACCUGACUGUAGAGGCCCAGCCCCCUUGGCUGCCUGGACUGGAGGCCCGGUAUGUGUCUUUCUCCCGGGACCUCAUGGCUGAUGCCCAGCGCCAGGGCCGACCAUUCUUCCUGUACUACGCUUCCCACCACACCCACUACCCUCAGUACAGUGGACAAAGCUUCACCAAGCGCUCGGGCCGUGGGCCCUUUGGGGACUCCUUGAUGGAGCUGGAUGGAGCUGUAGGGGCCUUGAUGACAGCUGUGGGGGACCUAGGUCUGCUGGGAGAGACACUGGUCAUCUUCACUGCAGAUAACGGUCCUGAAUUGAUGCGUAUGUCUGUUGGUGGCUGCUCCGGUCUCUUGAGAUGUGGAAAAGGAACAACAUUUGAAGGUGGUGUCCGAGAACCUGCCUUGGCCUACUGGCCGGGUCACAUUACUCCUGGUGUAACCCACGAGCUGGCCAGCUCUCUGGACCUGCUGCCCACCCUGGCAGCCCUGACCGGAGCUCCGUUGCCCAACAUCACCUUGGAUGGUGUUGACAUUAGCCCCCUGCUGCUAGGCACAGGCAAGAGCCCACGGAAGUCUGUCUUCUUCUACCCGCCCUACCCAGACGAGAUCAACGGGGUCUUUGCUGUUCGGAAUGGGAAAUACAAGGCUCAUUUCUUCACCCAGGGCUCCGCCCACAGCGACACCACAUCAGAUCCUGCCUGUCAUGCUGCCAACCAUCUGACGGCUCAUGAGCCCCCGCUGCUCUACGACUUGUCUGAGGACCCCGGUGAGAACUACAAUCUUUUGGAAAGUAUGGAGAAGGUCUCCUCAGAAGCCCUCCAGGCUUUGAAGCACAUCCAGCUCCUCAAGGCCCAGUAUGACGCAGCCAUGACUUUCAGCCCCAGCCAGAUAGCCAAGGGUGAGGACCCUUCCCUGCAGAUCUGCUGUCAGCCGAGCUGCUCUCCCCACCCAGUCUGCUGCCACUGCCCCGACUCCAAGUCCUGAGGGGACUGGAGAAAUCACAGGGGUCCCUCAAGGGUAACCCAGGACCCCUAGCCCUGUCCCGAGUGUGUGUGGUUUGUAUCAGGUAAUGUAAUAACAUCAGCUGAGACUUGCAGCAGGCAUGCUGUGGUAACUCAGAUAUCAGUGCUAUUCUCCUGUGCUACAAACAAGGACAUUGAAUCGCAGGGAAUCUCGGAACCUGUCCAAGUCCAAUGUCACCUUACCAGAAGGAGCUUGAGCUAGGAUUUGAACCCCAGGCAUCCAGGGUCUGAAAUUUGUUCCACCCUGGUGAUCUGGAUGUGUCCGUGCAUCGCUAAAGCACAGACAUGUCCAUUCACUGAAACCGGUAGUGAGUUCAAGUGCCAGGAACUGUGAGGGAGGAGUGGUGAGGGCAGAUAAACCCUGAAGAUGCAAAAAGCCCCUGGAAGACAGGUUUUCCUCAAGGAGCCCUGGUAGAGGCCCUGGAACUGGCCACCCUGGCUCUUAAAGAAAUCAAUCGUCUGGAAUUAGGUGAGAAGCAGAUCAUUCCCAGUAGAGUUAAGGAACUGGAGACCCUGCUAGAUCCCAGGAAAGCUCAUUAGCAGCUUCUGAGCCCACCUCCUGGGGGCUUACCUGCCUCUCAAGCUCUGAAUCUCUCCAGUGUGCCUACUUCAAGUCUCCCCGUCCUAUCUAAUUUUCUACCAAAAAAAAAAAAAAAGUUAUCUACAAAGUAAUCUUUUAGAAACAUCUAUGGAGGGGGGCAAUAAGAUGAUGGGGGGGGGGAGAACCACUUACCAUGCAAACCUGGCAACCUGGGUUCAAUCCCCAGAAACUCCCCCGAAAAGGCCAGACACAGUGGCCCACAUCUAUAAGCCCAGGAUUCUUAGGGGAGACAGGGAAGAGAAAGGAGAAUUGGCCGGAGUCUUGCAGACCAAGCAGCCUAGAGUAUACAGCAUGGUAGAAAUAAGAAAGACCCUGCCUUAACAAGAUAGGAAGAAAACCUGAUCCCCAACAUUGUGUUCUGACCUCCGCAAAUGCUCUGUGGCCCACAUGUCU